AUGAAUUUUACCCUCAACGCUUUUACAAUGAUUGCCAUAAUGCUCUCUUGUGCUCUUGCAGCUCCACUUAUCCAAUAUAAAUUCCAAACAAAUUUCAAAUGGGGUGAUAUUAAUUCAUGAUUUAUCUUGAUACCUUUUUGUCUCCAACUUUUGGGCUCCUUUUUGCAAGAAACUUCAAUAAGAUGCAAAUGAAAAAAUCUACUUGUGGCCUCAAUUAUUAUUUAUGCAAUUGGGAGCCUGGCUAUCAUUUAUCUAUCGCUGUUUGGUUUGUCUAUUUACUCUCUGGAUAUUUGCAAAGACAUAAAUUCUCUUUGCUUUCAGCCAGCGCAUAUCCAAUGUAAUUUGACAAAUAUAACUACUUACUUUCCAAUACUUUAUCUUAUUGCACUAAAUGUAUUGAUUUCUGCAACAGUACUCGGUGAUUAGGUUUUAGCAAUACAACACUCAAUUGCGCUCAUAUAGUGCUUGACUCCUUAUUGAUUUUUGAGGGAAAUAAAAACUUAAGGAAAAUUCUUUUUGACAUUUCGAAAAGUUAAUUUUAAAAUCAGCAAAUAGAAGAUAUAAGCGAAUUUUUUUAAUUUAAUUUUGACUUUUUAGAUUUUUUUAGAGUUUUAAAUCAAUUUUUUCUUUUAAAAGUCAUUGUCUUUAAGGAUCUAUAAAAGCGUGUGCACUAUACCAAAAAUCAAUUCUCCAGAGCUCGUUGCAAGUAUUUACAUUGAAAAUCCAACACACAAUGUCGAAGAUAAUAACUCAAUAAAUGAAGAUGAUAUUGCUAAAAAGCAAGAGUUAUCAGACAGUGAAGUCUCCCUGGAGAAAAAAGUAUUUAACAGAGACGGACAGGUCACAACAUUUAUUGAUUCGUUUGAAGAGGCCAAAGAAGCUGGAGAAAUUUUUGAUGAGGAUAAGGAAAUUUAUAUAAAAGAUAAACUUGCUAUGGAAAAAAGGAAGAAAAAGUCUAAUAGAGGUAAAGUCAAUGUAAUAGAUGAGUAA